AUGGCUUCGUCAUCGUCGAACGUUGUGGGGGUGCAUUACCGGGUCGGGAAGAAGAUUGGAGAGGGAUCGUUCGGUGUCAUCUUCGAGGGCACGAACCUGCUCAACACUCAGCAAGUGGCGAUCAAGUUUGAACCAAGGAAGAGCGAUGCUCCGCAGCUGCGAGAUGAGUACCGGACGUACAAGAUCCUCGUUGGAUGCCCUGGCAUUCCCAAUGUUUACUACUUCGGCCAAGAAGGCCUUCACAACAUCCUCGUGAUCGACCUCCUUGGACCAUCUCUUGAAGAUUUGUUCGACCACUGCAAUAGGAGGUUCAGUCUCAAGACUGUUUGCAUGGUCGCGAAGCAGAUGCUGUCGCGUGUCCAAACCAUCCACGAAAAGAACUUGAUCUACCGAGAUAUCAAACCCGACAACUUCUUGAUCGGCCGCCCCGGUACCAAGACCGCCAAUGUUAUCCAUGUUGUUGACUUCGGCAUGGCGAAGCAAUACCGUGAUCCGAAGACAAAACAGCACAUUCCCUACCGGGAACGCAAAUCUCUCUCCGGUACCGCCCGGUACAUGAGUAUUAACACUCAUCUCGGGAGGGAGCAAUCAAGACGCGAUGAUCUCGAAGCCUUGGGCCACGUCUUCAUGUAUUUCCUUCGCGGCGGCCUGCCUUGGCAGGGUCUUAAGGCUGCUACCAACAAGCAGAAGUACGAGAAGAUUGGCGAGAAGAAACAGACGACAGCGAUCAAGGACCUUUGCGCGAAUUUCCCGGAGCAAUUUGAGAAGUAUCUCAGCUACGUCCGCGGCCUCGGCUUCGAAGACGAACCGGACUAUAACUAUCUCCGUGGUCUCUUUACCGAGGCCUUGCAGCAGGCGGGGCAAGUGGAAGAUGGCGAGUACGACUGGAUGAGGAAGCAGGACAAGAAGGGAAGCGACUGGAACCGCCAAAAUUUGCAUGACCCAAACUCCAGGCCCGGGGCAUCUGCCAUGGAACUCCACGGCAACUCGCGGGGGGCCACCACUCGUCACCAAAGCGACCCGCAAGCCCCGGGACUGACCGCAGCUCGCUUAAACGCCACGCAACCCCCUCUGCCUCGCCAGGUCAUGGGGCAAUCACCGAACCCAGGGCGGCAAAACGGGCCCGGAUUGGCAAGUCCGCGCUCGGGGGCUGGGGGUUACAUGCAAGCGGCGCCGACUCCGACCGGCUCGACUCAGGCGCAGUUCCAGAACAGCACCCAAAACCUGCCUCAGAGGCCGAUGACGCAGUCACCCCAGCUGAACAACACCUCAUCCCAGCCUCAGAACAACCACCAACAACAACAGCAACCCACUGGCUUCCAGAAGUUGAUGAAGACGCUCUGCUGUAGCUGCUAG